AUGUUCACCAAGGCCCUUCUUUCGCUGGCGCUGGUCGCCCCAAUCCUUGCGCUGCCAGCGCCGCUGCCAAUGGUCAUCUCGGACACCACCAAGCAGAAGGCGACUUCGCUCUGUGGCGUAUCUGACAGCGUGGUCUUGACCGACACACCCUGGAUCGUCUUCAACAUGAUGUACAACCAGGCUCUGACCAAGGGCACCCAAUGCACAAACUACGAUCACGUUGCCACUGGCUCAAACGGCAACAAGCAAAUCACCUGGAGCGCCGUCUCCACCAUCGACUACGUGCAGUCGACCAACAACGUCCCCAAAGGCUACUCCUUCAUCGGGCUCACCAAGAACCUCGAAACCAAGCUGUCCGCCAUAAAAUCCAUCCCGGCCACCUACGCCUGGACCCGCACCAACACCACCGCCUACAAGGGCAACAUCUGCUUCGACUUCAUGACGUCCGACACCCAAGGCGACUCGACCUCGUCCAACGCGCAGGAGCUGAUGCUGUGGCUCGAGUACACGGGCGGCCAGCUGCCCAUUGGCUGGGCUGCGGGGCCCAAAGCCACGGUUUCCGACCUCUACGGCACCAGCUGGAAGCUGUACCAGGGUAAGAACGCCGAUACGGGCAUCACCGUCAGCAGCUUGCUGCCUGACAAGCAGUUCGAUGGGGCGUUUGCGGGGGAUGUCAGGGAGUGGCUCCAGGCGCUCGUCAAAAUGGGCGUCUUCGCUGAGGGCACGUAUGUCAAUGUUGGGAAUGCGGGGACGGAGCCGUUUUAUGGAAAGGCGGUUGUGAAUGCUACGUUGGGGCUGCAGAUUAAUCUGUAG